UUAUUUAAUGUCAUUGCUCUAACAUGUUAGUCUUCGAGGACUGCAAGUAGAAGAAGAGAAAGAUCAAGAUCAGAGAAAAGAAAGAGAGAUAACAGAAGAUUGAGAAAGAAUCAAAGAUGAGAAACAGUAACCAUGUGAUAGGGUUGCUAAACUUCUCGACCUUCCUCCUCUCGAUCCCAAUCCUAGGAGGAGGAAUAUGGCUGAGCACCAGGGCCAACAACACUGACUGCCUCAAGUUCCUGCAAUGGCCCCUCAUAGUCAUUGGGGUCUCCAUAAUGACCGUCUCCCUUGCUGGUUUCGCUGGCGCCUGUUACCGUAACACUUUCCUCAUGCGCCUCUACCUCUUCGUCAUGUUCUUCAUCAUCGCCGCGUUGAUAGGGUUCAUCAUCUUCGCCUACGCGGUUACGGACAAGGGGUCCGGCCGUCACGUGCUGAACAGGGCUUACUCCGAGUAUUAUCUGCAGGACUACUCGGGUUGGCUCAAGGAUCGCGUUGCGGAUGAAAGCUACUGGUCUAAGAUCAGCUCCUGCAUUAGGGACUCUAAGGCUUGUGGCAAGAUGGGGAGGACUUUUGGAGGUGUGCCUGAAACUGCUGAUAUGUUUUAUCUCAGAAAGCUCAACCCCAUAGAGUCUGGUUGCUGCAAGCCCCCCACAGAAUGUGGCUAUGUCUAUGCAAACGAGACAUUCUGGAACCCUGGAGGAGGCAUGGUGGGAAGCAACCUUGACUGCUCCAAGUGGAGCAAUGAACAAGACCAACUUUGCUAUUCCUGUGACUCCUGCAAAGCUGGUGUUCUUGCUAGCCUCAAGAAGAGUUGGAGGAAGGUUUCCGUGAUUAACAUUGUUGUGUUAAUCAUCCUGGUAAUCUUUUAUGUGAUUGGCUACGCCGCAUUUAGGAACAACCGCAGGAUGGACAACGACGAACCCUUUGGCGAGGCAAGGAUGACCAAGGCACGACCUAGUAGGAUCCAGCUUUAACUAUGAUGGGGGAGGAACAACUAAUACUUAUGAAGCUUAAUAUUUCAAGAAUGAUGUAAUAUGGAGAUUUGGGUAUUGAUUUAACUUUUAAGGGCUGGCUUGUCUUGGACUGGUGAACUGAUCAUUUGUAUUAAUUAAAGUUUGGUUGUAUAUGCUUGAUUUUAAGGUCUU